AUGCCAAGUGCUCCAACUGGUUCUACGGCCCCAGAUGGUCGAUCUGGGGCAGGGAUCUUUGCGUGUGGACGGAGCAUCGAUGGUGUGCAAGGAAUCGGCGAGGUAGCGCUUCCAAUAUCGCUGGACGGCGCCUUUACGCUCCAGGAAGCGCCGCCGUAUGGGCUUGGGAAUCGGACUCUGGUCGACACAGCCGUGCGAAGAGCUUGGCAGAUCGAUGGUGGCAAAGUCUUGUCGCAUUUUUCCAGCCACACUGUCCAAGCCGUCGCUGCUAUUGCUGUUCGUGGCUUGGGGAUGGAUCCGAUUUGUGCAAGCUGCUGGUUUACGAAUCAGUUCAAGCUACACCGAGACAUCGAGAAGGAGCCUGGCAUGUUUGCCACUCUCAUACUCCAGCUCCCUGCAUGGUUGCCAGGGAGGUGCUCUCGUGGUUCAGCAUGGCAACCUCACUUUGACGCUGGCUUCAAGGACACCGUCUUCUUUGCCGACUGCGAGCAUGAAAUCCAGCCAGUGAGACGAGGAAGGUGUGCGUGCAUUUCAACCUGGUACGCAAGACGAACGUUAGAUCCAACAGAGCUCUGUGCGAAGUUAGUACCGCGACUGUGCUACGAGUGAAGUCAUCUCUCGCACCUUAGAUCCAGGAUGCAAAUUCGUCGUUAGAGAAGUUGGUCUUUUGUGUACACGGAGACAAAUCUUUGCUUCUCUGGACUUAAAAGAUCAAGACAGGCUGGUGGUGGAGCUCCUAGGAAACGUACCGGUACUGCAGUGCUGCUGUGGUGUUUUGGCAGAAACGCAAGAGCAUCGAGCUCGUUUGCCGGGGCAGGACUUGAAGGAGCUCUGGACAUGGUGGAGUGGAGGGAGCUUCGGACUUCUCGGCUUGGCUCAUAUAUCUAGUUAAGUACUAUAUUGCGGAUAUGAGCUCCUACGAUCACUACAGGAGGAACGGAAACUUUUGCCGCUUGAUCAAGCUUUGCCUUGACUCGGGUGAUUCCAACUAAGUUUAUCGGCUGAUCGAGGUGCUGGGACAGGAAAGAAGCUCCCACAAUCACUACACGAGAUAUCUUUUGAAGGGAUCAAGUCCGUUAAGGUUGCAAAGGUGGUUGCUCAAGCCCCCAAGUUUCUGGGAUGGGAUGCCCCGAGAGAUCUCGUUUUGAAGCUUCUCCGGAGCUAGACCAGUUCGUGUUCUUCUGCCGUAAUCUCGAUAGCUGAGAUGCUCUUCGCCCUGAGGCUGCACGAUCAAAUUCCGUUCUUCAUCGAGUAGAAAGCUGGAACGGGAGAUGUUUGCAAGCUGCUCAUCAACCUCUGGAAGCAAGACGCUGCUCAACGCGUCCGUUGGAAGAACGAUACUUACCUCUAUCCGAAGCUUUGCGGGGUGGUCACAACCACGAGAAGAAAGUUUGUAUCUCGUCAGAUGAAAUCCAAAGAAGAAAUCUUGUUA